GUGAUGGUGACAUCAUCUGCAGAGUUUUGACCAGUCAUCUCUUCUACCCAGCCGAUGGCCUUGGUGGUCUGCACUGUUUAACUUAUCACAAUCCUUAAACCACUGCGAGAAACUUAUCAGGAGUCAGCGAAAGUUAUCUGAUUCCAAUUCACACGAGAAAUAACAGGUGGAGCUCCACACCGCCACCAUCAAUGGCCUCUCCCGCCUCCACACCAGCAACCUCCACUAGCCGCUCAACCCGCUCCACCGCCAGACGAAACACCGGCACCGCGUCCCCCAGCGGAAUCAGCCCUACCCGCCUGUCCCGGGUCCAGGAGAAGGAAGAGCUCAGCCAUCUCAACGACCGACUUGCUGCAUACAUAGAGCGCGUCCGCCAACUGGAAAAUGACAAGUCAUCCAUGCUGCUCCUGCUGGAGGAGAAAGAAGAGUCUAAGAACCGGGAGAUGGGCAACGUCCGUCGGCUGUAUGAAGAGGAGUUGGCUGAUGUCAGGAUGAGCCUGGAUGCCCUGGCGAGCGAGAGGGCCAGGCUGCAAAUUGAUUAUAGUCAUGUUGUAGAAGACCACCGCAAACUACAAGCCAGGAACCAGAAGAAGGAGUGUGACCUGGGCAGUGCGGUGUCUCAAUGGAGGAACCUGGAGACGGCCCUGAACUCUAAAGAUGCAGAGUGUGCCAACCUACUGGUGGAGAACAGGAGACUGGAGAAAGAUCUGUCCGAGCACAGGUCCCAUCUGGCCAGUUUGGAGUCUUCCCUGUUGGACACGAAGACCCAGCUGAACACUGAGAUGCUGAGGAGGGUGGACUUGGAGAACCAGCUGCAAACUGUCAGAGAACAACUCAACUUCCAGAAACACAUCCGUGAACAGGAGGUGGAGGAAGUCCGAAGCAGGCAUGAGAGUCGCAUGAUGGAGGUGGACUCUGGGAGGCAGAGGGAGUUUGAGAGCAAACUGUCUGAGGCCAUGCAACAACUACGGCAGGAACACGACGGACAAAUACAGCAGUAUAAGGAGGAACUGGAGAAAACCUACAAUGCCAAGAUGAAUCUCUGCGUUAGAGAAGCCAGGAUCUCGUGCAGGACAGUGCUAGACCGCAUCAUUGUGCUGGAUCUCAAGGUGGUAGGAGAGGAAGGAGAGGGAUGUAUGGAGAGGAGAGAGGAAGGGUGGGAUCUGGUAAAGAGAGGAGAGGUGCUGGAGAGGGGAGAGGUGCUGGAGAGAGGAGAGGUGCUGGAGAGAGGAGAGGUGCUGGAGAGGGGAGAGGUGCUGGAGAGGGGAGAGGUGCUGGAGAGGGGAGAGGUGCUGGAGAGGGGAGAGGUGCUGGAGAGAGGAGAGGUGCUGGAGAGAGGAGGAUUAUGUGAGAUGGUAGAUGAAGGAGCAGAGAGAGAGGGAUUGCAGGAGGUGGUAGAUGGAGAGAAAAGAGGUGGAAUGCUGAUGAAAGAGUGCGUUAUCCGACUGAAAAAGCUAGAGAAUGCCAAGCAGAGCGCUGUGAAGAACGGUGACGUGGCGUCCUCCACCAGAGAAGAACUCGUAGGAACCAAACUGAGGAUCGAUACGUUGACUUCCCAGCUCAUUCACUUCCAGAAACAGAACGGGGCCCUGGAGAGCCGUGUGUGUGAGCUGGAGAGGACAGUGGACCGGGAGCGUGAGCUGGGGCAUCAGAGGCUGAGCCAGAAGGACCAGGAGAUGGCCACCAUGAGGGAGCAGAUGCAGGGCCAGCUGGAGGACUACGAGAACCUGCUGGAUGUCAAGCUGGCCCUGGACAUGGAGAUCAACGCCUACAGGAAGAUGCUGGAGGGGGAGGAGCAGAGACUGCACCUGUCUCCAAGCCCCUCCCAGCACGCGACUGUGUCACGCACACACUUGCACGGCGCCCGGAAGCUAAAGGGAAAGAAACGUAAACAUGAAGGCCCGUCAGGGACCUCACCUGCUUAUAAAGUGUCCCAGAAUGCAACAGCGCAUGGACAUGUGACUGUGGCCGAGAUCGAUCUGGAUGGAAGCUAUGUCGUGCUGAAGAACAAUUCGGACACAGAGCAGCCACUAGGGGGCUGGGUGGUGAGGAGGAGCCACCCAGACUGCCCAGAGAUAUCCUUCCAGCUCCCCCCAGCCUAUGUGCUGGGAGGAGGGCAGACCCUCACCAUCUGGGCAGCAGAGGCGGGUGUGGAAGCUAACCCCCCCAGUGACCUGGUUCUUAGGGAUCACAUGAGCUGGGGCCCAGUCUCUGAUGUCCGGGUGUGUUUGCUCAACUCCAACAACGAGGAGACAGCGGAGCGCAGGUUGGUGUGUGUGCAGGGGAGAGUGGAGGAGGACUUUAACGUGGACUUCGAUGAGGAGUGUGUGACUGGCAGUGACGUUCACCACCUCAGAAGACAGCCAAAGAGAAGAAAAAAGAAAUGUUGUUUGUUGUCUUGAGUGUCUGAGAGCAGCCAGACGGCCUUCUGUAGGGUCAGGUGAGAACUGAUGAUCCUAGCUGCGCUGUCAUGUGACCUCAUCCGUCUGCAAGCCCCCAUCCUCUAUCGCCCCUUCGCUUCAGAAAUGGGAACGCCAGGUCUGACCGCCGCCGACUGAUCUCUGACGCCCUCUGUCUCCCAGCAACCCCACAGAGCUCAAGCCCUGUGACUGUUUGUUAAGAGAUGCCACCUACGAGCUCUUCAACUCCAGUCCAGUUUCAUGACACUAUGGUUUUAUGAGGGGUUGGACAGCUCAUUGCUCCCAGCAUGAACUAAGAGGGAGUAGGAUGGAAUGGUACUAAAUCAACUGCCGUUGCCAUGGCCGCAGUGUAAACAACUUUUUCUUUUACGGUGCACCUUGUUACCUUGUUUUCCCGGGACAUACAUUCUUCUCCUAGUUGCUCUUGUAGGGGUUAGCACUGGCACAACACUGGAACAGAGAAUGAAGAAUCAAGCAAGUUACGCGCUCAAGUCUUUUAAUUUAACAAUAUUUCAUCGCCUGAAGGUUUGCCGGAGGCUUUGGUAGCACUUACUGUUUUGCUUCUACGUGGACAAGAUGGUUCAUAUUCAUCUCAUUUUAGUUCAGGGAGACUGAAGGCUUAUUGUUGGGGAAACUAAAGCAGGGGAUAUGAACACUGGGGCUUUAUUUAUAUUUGCACAGCCUGUCAUGUAGAUGGACCAUUUGCCAUAGCCUUAAUGUUGAAGAUGGAUACGUUACUAUGUUUGAUUUCAAUAAAGUUUUUUUUGUCUA